AUGCUUCAGGGCGCCCUGGGCGGCCGCAUGGCGCGCGAGCUGGUGAUUUUGGAGCGGCAGCCGCCGCCGGGAGUGCGGGCGUGGCCCAAGGGCGAGGCCAGCCUGCAGGAGCUGGAGGCGCAGAUCGAGGGGCCGCGGGGGAGCGACUACGAGGGUGGGGUAUUCAAACUCACAGUGCGGGUGCCCGAUAGGUACCCAUUUGAGCCCCCUGAAGUGAGGUUUGUCACUCCCAUUUACCAUCCGAACAUCGACACAGGGGGAAGGAUAUGCCUGGACAUUCUCAACAUGCCUCCAAAGGGAGGCUGGCGGCCAUCGCUCAACAUUUCAACAGUGCUGAUGAGCAUCGGAGUCCUCAUGACAGACCCGAAUCCUGACGAUGGGCUGAUGGCAGAUGUGGCUGAAGAAUACAAGCACCGGAGGGAGGUUUUCAGGCAAAAAGCUAGACAGCUGAUGCGCAGACAUGCCCUCCCGCAGCAUGUGCAGCCCGGCCCUGGCAGCUCCCCCGCGAAUCCCACCAAACCUGCUGAUUGCACACCGCCACAUGUCUCACCUGACAAGAUGACAACCCUCAAUGAUGCUGCCGCAUCAAAUGCAGGCCAGGGCUGUACCAGCGACUCUUCCAGCGAUGACAGCAGAUCAGUUGGAGGUUGCAAUUGGAAAAUGCGGGAAGAUCGAGGCAGAGUACGUUUGGGGCGGCGAAGUGUUAGAGAAUGGGAUGCUCAGGAAGGGGCUGCAGCAGGUGGAGAUAGUGCAUCAGCUGGUACGACAAGCGAAGAGCACAGCAAAGGGGGGAAAGGAGAUGGCGAUAGUUUAUCGCCAGUGGGCAAAUCCAGCAGACAGAAAAUACUGGUAGAAGGGGAGGUGGGGGGUGAUGGCUGGACACAGGUGGAGGGGAGGGAGGAGGGGAGUGCGUGGCGGCCGCUUUGGGAUGGGGAAGUGUUGACGAUCCCAGAGAGCGACGAUGAGGCGGAUGACCUUGAGGGCGUUUUGGUGGUGCCGAGUGCGAGGAAGAGGCAGAAGAACUGCUGA